UCUCUUUGGUUUUAUUUGAAACUUUAUUUUGAAUUUUUAACUCUCGAUAGCCAAAAAUGGAACACUCAUUCAUCAGUGUAACGUGCAUCUUGGUGGCUUUCUGUCUAUUUGACGAAAGGGUAGACUCCAAUGAAAUUCUGGGCCUGAAGCUCCCCAACAUCGACCCGAUCCUGAACGCCAACACGGUGUGCCUGACUCUACCGGGGUUGACCCGGCGCCAGCUGGAGGUGUGCAUGCGCAACCCCGACGUGACGGCCUCAGCCAUCCAGGGAAUCCAGAUCGCCAUCCACGAGUGCCAGCACCAGUUCCGAGGGCACCGUUGGAACUGCUCCAGCCUGGAGACGAGGAACAAAAUUCCUUACGACAGCAUCGUCUUCAAAAGAGGUUUCCGCGAGAGCGCCUUCGCCUAUGCCAUCGCGGCAGCGGGCGUCGUGCACGCGGUGGCCAACGCCUGCUCCAUGGGCAAACUGAAGGCCUGCAGCUGCGACGAGAAGCGGCGUGGCGACGAGGAGGCCUUUCGCAUCAAACUGCACCGCUUGCAACUGGAGGCCAUCCACCGGGGAAAGGGGAUGGUACACGGCGUCAUGGAGCACUUCCCCGCCGAGCUGCCGGGACCUCAAGACUCCUGGGAGUGGGGCGGCUGCAGUCCCGACGUGGAAUUCGGAGAAAAAUUCUCACGGGACUUCCUGGAUGCCCGUGAGACCUACAGGGACAUCCACGCCAGGAUGAGGCUUCAUAACAACCGAGUUGGCAGACAGGUGGUGCUGGAUCACAUGCGGAGGAAAUGCAAGUGUCACGGGACAUCAGGAAGCUGCCAGCUGAAGACCUGUUGGCAGGUCACUCCGGAAUUCCGUGUGGUCGGUUCCAUCCUCAAAGAGCGCUUCCACAUUGCCACUCUCAUCAAGGCCCACAACCGCAACACCGGGCAGCUGGAUCACUCCCACCACAACAACAACAACAACCACAACCAUCACAGCAACCACCACCAUCACCACCAUCAUCACCACCACGCGCACCGCAGGAGGCCCAGCAUCAACGACCUGGUCUACUUUGAAAAGUCGCCGGAUUUCUGCGAGCGGGAUCCGGGCUCGGACUCGACGGGGACGCAGGGUCGCAUCUGCAACAAGACCAGUCCGGGCAUGGACAACUGCGAGAGUCUAUGCUGCGGGAGAGGCCACAACAUCCUGCAGCAGACGCGCAGUGAACGCUGCAACUGCAAGUUUCACUGGUGUUGCUACGUGGUGUGCGAAGAAUGCAGGAUAACAGAGUGGGUCAGCGUGUGCAAAUGAAGAAGCACGGGGGGGAGCGGGGAACUGCACCUUCAUGAAAACCCUGACAAAUACACUUUUAAAAACCCUGAUUUGUAACAAGAAAGGGGCCUACGACUGUCUUAUAUGCACCCCCACUCCCUUUCACCACCGGCUCCGUCUUCUGUUCGACGAGCAGAAAUGUGUGAAGAGUGUGAAGAGU